AUGUCUUUUCUCAGCAGCACCCCGACGCCACCUCCCGUCGUCUCCGGUGUGUCCUUUGGAUAUGGCCUGCUCUGCAAUCUUCCCUUUCUCCUAUCGUUCCUUCUCUUCAUGGUGCUCGCCCACCGCUCCUUCUCUUUCUUCACCUCUGCUUCCGCCACCAUUGCCACAAGAGCCGUUUUUGACCUCUGUCUGGCGACAGCGGGUGUCAUCUCAGAGCUGGUGCUCUGCGAGAUCAGCGACUGGGUUGCUCCUGGUGCCCGCUUUAUUGCCUGGAAGAUUGCAACCACUUUCUUGCUGGUGAUGCUGAUCGUCAUCAUCCCGCUGCUGAUCGGAUACAACUGGUUCGCCGACUCGACUGGUCCGGCCAAGAGACUGGUUUUGCCGUUCACGAUAAUAUCAUUUGCAUGCUGGCUGUUCCUUUUCUACCGUAUCGGAGACUACCUACCCCUGGCAAAGCAUGUCGAGGGCUCAUUCUGGGAAUACACUUUAUCUUUCAAUGAAGAGUGCCUAGCUCGAGUCGGACUGAUCGGCGUGUCGGCAAUGGGAGUACUUUCAGGCUUUGGUGCCGUCUCGGCUCCCUACUCGUCAUUCACCACGAAACCUCGCAGCGUAUCCGAGAUGGACAUCAGCAGAGUUCGCACCGGAAUCGAAACCACCGAAGAACUGAUCCGAUACAAAGAGUCGUCGUUGAAGACUCUCGAGCAGCGACUUCUCGAGAAGCAGAAGACCACCACGCGAUCGACGACGAAUUUGGUCGCAAAGAUGAUGUCGUCGUUCAGAGGUGAUUCGGAUGAGAAAGAGUACGCUUCAGCGAGACUAGAGCUUGAAGGUCUGUAUGCUAUGCGCAGAUCUCUCGAAGGUGACCUGCGGGAUUUGACGAAGCGGUAUCUCGAGCAGCAAAACGAAAAGACGAUCUUGGGGAAAAUCCACAAGUCGUUGUACUUUUUGUUUGCCAUCUACUGCGUUUACAGAAUCGCAGCCACAUCGAUCUCUCGGAACCCAUUCCGUCGCGCAAAGACCUCGUUCUCUCAAACAGAUCCAAUCACCCACGUGCUGGCUCUUCUAGCGCAAUACUAUGACCCUGAUCUCAACCGACAGUCCUGGGCUCGACAGAUUGGCUUCUUGUUUUCGGGAAUCAUCUUCAUGUGCAGUAUUUCGUCUGUCUUGUCGACUUUCAAUAUGGUCUCGAAAGCUCUUCCGCAAGCUCUCGAGCGGGCGAAUGUCGCUCUUUUGGUGGCAGAAGUGCUGGGCACAUAUGCUAUCUCCACAUCGAUUCUGCUCCGAAGCAAUUUGCCAAAAGAUAUGUCUUCGGCUGUCUCGUCCGCGCUAGGUGCGCCGCUGGAUACCUUAUUUGUUGACAGAUGGUUCGACACUCUAUUCCUGGGUGCCGCCUUUGUCAGUGCUGCGGGUCUCUAUAUCGGUCGGCGAUUUUUCAGAGACGAUGCUCUCGAGGAUGACGUUCUGGAGAGCGGCAAGAGGGCAUGA